CUCUAUCCCCCUCCCAUUCUCUUGACGUCCCCACUUCCACGUCUCUGUUGUGAGUAUCCCGGUGCGGAGAGCGGCUUCCCCCUGUGGGAGCAGGAGAGACGGGGGACAUGGCGGCGGUGACCGUUCCUGGGGGCGGGGGAGCAGUGCCUGCUGUCGGUGUCAGGGAGGGGGCCCGGGUGGCCAUGCUGUGCAUGCUGUGGUAUUCUGUGAGCUCCGGGGGGAACGUGGUGAACAAAAUCAUCCUGAACAGCUUCCCGUACCCGGUCACCGUCUCCCUCUUCCACAUCCUGGCCAUCUGCUGCUUCCUGCCCCCGCUGCUCCGGGCCUGGGGGGUCCCGCACACCCAGCUGCCAGCCAGGUAUUACCGCUGGUACAUCAUCCCGCUGGCCUUCGGCAAGUACUUUGCCUCCGUGUCUGCGCAUUUCAGCAUCUGGAAAGUGCCCGUGUCCUACGCACAUACCGUUAAGGCUACAAUGCCAAUAUGGGUGGUGCUGCUGUCACGGAUAAUAAUGAAAGAGAAACAGACCACCAAGGUGUACCUAUCCCUCAUUCCCAUUAUUGGAGGAGUCCUGCUGGCCACUGUUACUGAGAUCUCCUUUGACGUAUGGGGGCUCAUCAGUGCAUUAGCUGCUACACUCUGCUUCUCUCUACAGAAUAUCUUCUCAAAAAAGGUAUUGCGGGAUUCUCGAAUACACCACUUGCGAUUACUAAACCUCCUAGGCUGUCAUGCAGUCUUUUUCAUGAUCCCGACAUGGGUGCUGCUGGAUCUUUCAUCCUUCUUGGUGGAGAGUGACUUGAGCUCCGUAUCUCACUGGUCCUGGACACUGUUCCUCCUCAUUAUCAGUGGUACUUGUAACUUUACCCAAAACCUUAUUGCCUUCAGUAUCCUGAAUCUCAUCAGUCCACUUAGUUACUCUGUAGCCAAUGCCACCAAGAGAAUCAUGGUCAUUACAGUCUCACUCCUUAUGUUGCGCAACCCAGUGACCGGUACCAAUGUUCUAGGAAUGUUAACUGCAAUCCUUGGAGUCUUCUUGUACAAUAAGGCUAAGUAUGAUGCAAACCAGGAAUCAAAGAAGCAGCUACUCCCACUUGUAGCAGAUGAUCUUCAGGGCAUAGACAACCCUCGCGGACCUUCUGAAAAGAUCCAGAAUGGAAUUACUUCCUUCUCUCCUGGCAGGGACUACCAGUAUGGCCGGACCAGUGUGCUGACUGACCAUUUCCAGUACAGCCGGCAGAGUCACCCUGGUGCACAUAAUCGUUAUGAUAUUUAAGUUCUAUCCUAAAUUAUUCCUUCCUGUCACCCCUGAUCAUUCAUUCUAAUUCUUAGAGAUGCCUGCCCAGACAACAACCCUUAAGAUCCUUGAAGAGGAAUGCAAGGGAAAUGUAUUGAGUGAAAAUGAGGCCUAGCAGACCAUGUGUGACAGAAUUAAAGGAGUAGUGACUCUUUGGCAUGAUGAAAAUGGUCAAACAUGCAUUUCAAAUUGACAGACUAUAUAGUACUCUUGUUUAUAAGAGUUUUGAAAUGUAAGAGGAGCCCCCUAUUCCUGCAACUGCUAUCUAGUUCCUUUCUCUACAUUCUCCUUUACAAACAAUACUGGAAGACUUUGAAUUAAAUUGCAACUUCUUCAAGCUCAUCAAAACAUAAGGAAAGCAAACUGGACUUUAGCCAAGGGAUGGCAUAUGCUAAUGGUUUUUCAAUCCUGUUUUGGAGUAUCACUGUACUGCUGUAGUGUUUUCUUCUAACCCUUUCCACCUAACUGCAUCAAAUGACUCCAAUGCUGUAUCAAGAGUACAAACAAACCAGCUUACUUGAUGGCCUGAUUUGCAGUCUGCGUGAAAAUCCAUUAGAUGCGGCGCAAAUUGCUUCAGUUGUCACGUGGACUCUUGAAUGCAGGCCGUAUAAUUUCCACCCCUAUCCCCCUUGCUGGUCAGGAGUAUGUACAUUUUCUCCCCUGAUGGAGCAGCACAGAUUACUGUAAAAUGGAACCAUCAUCUUCUCAAAAUGCCCAAUGUAUGUAAAGCAGUCACCUUCACUAUAGUAGCAUAAUUUUAUGCCUCCCCCUUAUAUUGAUUCCUUUUUGACUGAAACUACUAUGCCCUGGCAGCUGCAGAAUGAGAACAAAGAUGUGGGAGAGUCUGAGCUCAGGAUUGAACAUAGAAUACAUUAUUUAUGCGUUUGUUUUUGUUUCAAAAAAAUCAAGAGUUUGUUUCAACAUUCAAAGGUGACAUGUCCAGUUUGAUAUUAUAUGCCAUAGUUCUGGUGUGAAUGCUUAAAUGUGUUGUGUUUGCCAUUACAUGGAUAUUGUGUGUAGACUUAUAACAUUUUUAUGCAUUAUUGGUAUAAUACGUUAAAAUGCGCUUAUGUCUUUCCCUUGGAUCUGCUGCUUCUGCAGUGACCAGGAGAUGGCUAAAACCGCAGCCAGUCCUUGUCAUUGAACUUUGAACGGGAGCACUGCGCUUAUUCCACAAACUGAGGUUUGAACCUAAAUGAGGACCAUAAUCCCUGUUUUCUUACACACUGGGUUUAUUCUCUUACCCAAAAUAUUAUAAAAUACCUUUUUAUGAGGAGGUGGUCCAAACAGAUGGAAUUACUUUUUUUGACCACUCACUAUUUUUAGUCAUGGCAAAUAACAAUUAUUCCAAUUUAUUCAUGUUUAAUCAUGUCUAUAGCUCCCUUUCUAUUCUAUUUUGCAUAUAUUGUGUAAGAGGGCAGGGACUUUUAAACCCUGCAGAAAAAUGUCACCUCUUAUGCUGCUAGAGAACUUGUAAAGCCAAACAAAAUU